UUGGUUCAGGUAGCGUGUUUGUCACUGGAGUCAGCAAACCUGAAGGCGGAUUUGACUCCUAAAGACUAUAUCGCUGUUCCUCCUGCCCUUUGGAGAGCAUGGUUAAGGUGGCAUGGAAGCGCGCAAUCGGUUGAUGGCCAGUUCACGCGCAAGCGACUUAGUGGCGAGUUUUUCCCGGAUGGGAAAGAAGCCCUUGAGUUGUACCCUAUGGAUAUACUUUUACUUGGCCAUGACAAGAAAAAGCUCAAGGAUGUCGAUGGCAUUCAACAAACUUCCCCUUGGGCCUGCGCUCAGGUGUCACGGAGUUGUACAGUAGACGAACUUCUGCAAUUGUGCAAAACAGAACUCAGACUGGGUGAUGGGGACGCUAGGUUAGUGGUUGCGCUAUAUCACAAGCUCUGGCUUGUUGGCGAGGAAGGAAAUACCUUGCUAGAUGACGGCAAGAGAACUUUGCAUCAACUGGCUGCGAAGGGGAAGCGAGUGAGCAAGUUUCUGCUAGAGCUGAGGGAUGCGAAUGGAGUUUGGCCUGAAGAGCUGCGAGCUUCGUUGACUGGGACACAGAUUUCUUCCCUAGCCAGUACUUCAGGACGACCAGGAGCCGUUGGUCUAGUGAACUCAGGCAAUUUUUGCUAUAGGAAUGCUGCUAUACAAUGUCUUGCUAGAGUAUCUCCAUUGACCGAAUAUCUGCUUGACGAAAAUAGAAUGAAUCUGCUAAAAAGGGGUGAUGCCAACAAUAACGAUUCGUUCACAACAACUCUAGAAUACUCAAAAUUGUUGAAAGAGAUGUGGGCUGCGAAGAAGAAGAACAUUUCACCGAAUAGUUUCAAUGAUGCGGUACGAUCUGCGGAUCAGUUUGACGAUGGUGAACAACAUGACUGCCAAGAAUUUGUAUCUUUCUUGAUCGAACGAUUCCACACAUGUGUGGCUAAGAUAGAACACGAAAAAUUAGCAAAUCAUGAGAGCGAAGAAACGGAUACUGAUGCUGGAUCGAGCAGAGCUACGUCUACCACAGCUGGUGAUGAGGAGACAAGCGACGAGAAUAUGUCAGAUGAGGAAAAGGGGGAAAAGGAAUAUCCGUUGACUAAGCUUCUCCAUUUAGGCCAACUACGCUCCCGACUUAUCUGCCGUAAAUGCAAGUCUUCAUCUUCUGUGUUCGAAGCGUUUACCUCCCUUAGUCUUCCGAUUGGUUUUGAGAAUGUGGAACUUUACCAGAUCAUAGUCGUUCGACGUGACGGCAGCGUACCACGACGGUAUGGCUUCCGUUUGCCUAGAGAGUGCACCAUAGGAACGUUCAAAGGUCUUAUCGCUGAAGCUAGCGGCGUGCACAAAGAUGCUCUUACGAUCCAAUGCCUUAGCAAGAGAGGGUAUUUUAUGAAAUCCUCGAGCACUGACGACGACACUUUGCUAAGUUCUGUACCCUCUGGCGCUCGACUUUAUGCCCUUCAUCUACCUGAAGACACUCCAGAAUGGAGGGUAGCCAUUCAUAGGAAAUUGCAGUACAACUAUGAGCCAUAUUUUCUCGGUUCUACGGGUGGAUUUGUUGUAUCGCAAUUCGGUCUGCCACUUAUUUUACCCUGCCCCUCGAAUAUCUCUGGAAAAGAGUUAUAUGAAGAUGUAAUGAGUCAGAUGCGACGGUUCAUGGACUCAACAUCUCCAGCAAUCUCAAGUCGUGCUCAUGAUCCAUCUGAAAACAUCUCCUUUGGUUACCCGUUCUCACUCUGUUUGGUUGAUGAAAGCUGGGAAUGGUGUGGUCAAUGUCCGGCGCUGAGGUUUUGCCGUGGAUGUGCCAUCAGGCCUGAUUCUUCACCGGCUAAUAUCCCUGAAAAUUGCGGCAUAGCAGUUGAUUGGUUACCUAUCGCAUUGUACCUAAAGUACAAUCAUUCACAGGAGCUGGCUUGCGAAGACGAUGAGUCAGUUGCUGAAACAUGGUCGAGACAUUUCGCUCCCUCAUCCUUGGAACAUUGCCUUGAGAAAUUUAGCUGCCCUGAAACUCUUGAUGUGCUCAUACAUUGUGAUACGUGCAAUGAAAAGACAAAAAGAGACAAAGUGAUGACAAUUUGGAGGCUGCCGCGAUAUCUGAUCAUCCACCUGAAACGCUUUGAAUUCCUCCGCGGGGAAGGUCGUAUGGGAAAAUGCAAGCGGGUUAUCACAUUCCCGCUGAGACAGUUUGAUCCAACACCAUUUGUUGAUGGGCAUAAUGGAAAAAGCAAGUACGAAUGUAUUGCCAUAGCGGUAAGUUACUUUUUCUUGCAAAGAUGUGACCGUCUCCUUUUUAAGUCCAGAAAAAAAGAACAUUACGAAUUUUUUACAAUGUACUAGUG